UCUAUUCUUCUAACAUAGAGCCCAAGGACCUAAAUGCUAACAUCCAUCAGUCUAACAGCCCCCAGACUGAACCCUCUGCUCUUCCUGUGUGGGACAGGCUGUGGUACAUGCAUUGCAGUGAGUCAAACGCCUGCCAGUCUCACAUGAGCAUCGCGGGGGCCUGGAGGAGAGGAUACUCUGGGAAGGAUGUGGUGGUGUCUGUCUUAGAUGAUGGCAUUGAGAAAGAGCAUCCCGAUCUGAAGCCAAAUUAUGAUCCACUUGCCAGCUAUGAUGUGAAUGGACAAGAUCAAGAUCCUUCGCCAAGUUAUUCUGACAAAGCUGCUAACUUGCAUGGGACUCAGUGUGCAGGAAUGGUGGCUGCAGCGGCACAAAACUCCCCGUGCACUGUUGGAGUCUCGUUCAAUGCUCGGAUAGGAGGCAUCCGUAUGCUGGAUGGAGAUGUAACAGAUAUUGUGGAAGCCCAGUCUUUAAGUUUCAGGCAGCAGUAUAUUGAUAUUUAUUUAGCUGGCUGGGGGCCAGAGGACGAUGGGGCCACUUUGGAAGGACCUGGACCUCUGGCUCAUCUUGCUUUGAAAAUUGGCGCUGAAACAGGCCGAAGUGGGAAGGGUUCGAUUUUCGUGUGGCCGUCAGGGAACGGUGGGCGUGCAGGUGACCACUGCUCCUGUGACGGCUACAGCAGCAGCAUCUACACCAUCUCUGUCAGCAGCGCCACUCACAGGGGAAUCCAGCCAGAUUACCUGGAACAAUGUUCCUCCACGCUGGCAGCAGCCUAUAGUGGUGAGGAGACCAAGGACAUGGUAACACCAGGACCAGAGCAGAACUGUUCCAGGACUCGAUCAGGUACUUCCGUGUCCACCUCUGUGGCUGCUGGGAUCAUCGCUCUAACGUUGGAGGCCAAUCCUUUGCUCACCUGGAGGGAUGUGCAACACAUUAUUGUUCGAACGUCGAAAUCUCAUCACCUCGUCGCGCCAGACUGGCACACUAACGGAGCUGGAUACAAAGUGAGCCACCUUUAUGGCUUUGGCCUGCUGGAUGCUGAGGGCAUGGUGAAGGAGGCAGAGAGCUGGAAACCAGUCCCCUCACAGCACCAGUGUGUGGAGGAGGCUGCCAGCCAGCUGAGCAGUGUUAUUCAUCCAAGCUCGGUGCUGACGUCUGUGUUUGAGGCCACAGGCUGCUCCGGCAAGGCCCUGCAGCACGUUGUUUAUGUGGAGCAUGUUGUAGUUGGUGUAACCAUCACUCACAGACAUCGUGGCGACCUUUCCAUUACGCUCACAUCACCUUCAGGCACUGUGUCACAACUGCUCGCUAACAGACCUCAUGACAACUCCACUGAGGGGUUUCAGAAAUGGGAGUUCAUGACGGCUCAUUGCUGGGGAGAGCAGGCAGCAGGGAAGUGGACUUUAAAAAUCAAGGAUACUCCGUCUCAGAAGCAAGUCGAUGCUGCAAGAGGGAUGCUAAAGAGGUGGUCUCUGGUGAUUUAUGGUACUGCAGAGCAGCCGUAUCACAUGCGUCGUCAGCGACCCCGAUCAGCCGAGCUCUCAGAGGAUAGUGAUCUCACAGAGGCAUACAGUGGACCCUGUGACCCAGAGUGCAGUGAUGACGGCUGUGAUGGGCCCGGCCCGCAGCAGUGUGGCACAUGCCUGCACUUUUUCCUCAAGUUCAAGAACAACUCAAGAUUGUGUGUAUCAGAGUGUCCCAGUGGGUUCUGGGGAGACCGUCGGCGCUGCAAGAGGUGCUACUCCUCAUGUGAGAGCUGCACAGGAAGUCGCAGUGACCAGUGCACUUCCUGUCAGCCUGGUCACCACCUGACGGAGGAGGCCAAUUCCUGCACAGCCACCUGCGGGGAUGGCUAUUACCUGGAUCACGAUACAAAUAUGUGCAGAAAGUGCAGUGAAAACUGCUUGAAGUGCACCUCUUACAGCAUCUGCACAGAAUGCAAAGUAGACACAAGUCUGCAGGGGAACCGGUGCCAGCGGAGAUGCGUGGACGGCUUCUACUAUGACACGCAGGAAGACAAAUGCAAGCCUUGUCACAAGGCCUGUGCUACCUGUGCAGGUGCAGGUGUUCAGGCAUGCAACCGCUGUGCAGAAGGCUUCUUGAUGGAAGAGUGGAGGUGUGUGUCCUCCUGCAGUGCUGGCUUCUACGCCACCCAGCCUAUCCCAGAGAUAGCUGAUGGGCACAGGACAUGUAGGAGGUGUGACGCCAGCUGUCUCACCUGUGUGGGUCCGAGUUUGGGGAACUGCAGCAGCUGUUCCACCGGUCAUAGCCUCCAGAAAGGAGUGUGUGUUGUUAACACAGAGUGCACAGACGGAGAAUAUCAGGACAGUGAGGGGGCAUGUCAGCCAUGUCACAAGACUUGUCUGAAGUGUGCAGGGCCGCAAAGCCAAGACUGCAUCAGUUGUGCUUCUUCAAGGGCUCUGGAUGGGGGUCGCUGCGUGGCUGCAUGUGCCAAGGGCAAGUACCAAUUCGGUGGUCAGUGUCACUUGUGUGACCACGCUUGUGCCACAUGUGUCGACGCAGGACCUGCCAACUGUACCAGCUGUGACACAGAUAAAUUCGGGGUGGAGCGUUACCUGCAUAAAGGCACAUGUCUGGACGCCUGUCCUGAGGCCUUCUAUCACACCGCUGAGAGCAGCUGUGAGCCCUGUUCAGAAAACUGUCAUGUCUGCACCAGCCCCAACCACUGCCUGACGUGCAACUCUUCUUACUACGUGUCAGACGGGGUGUGCAUGAAGCUGGAGUGUGGAGAAGGAGAGGUGGAAGAUCCGGACUAUGAGGACUGUGUGCCUUGUGAGGAAGGCUGCAGGAAGUGUGUUCUGUAUAACCCUAGGCACUGCCUGUCCUGCACCGAGGGGUUUUACAACUUUCAGGACGGCUGCUACAAAACCUGCCCGGCCAAGACGUACACCGUGGAGGGGGAGAUGACCUGCGCUCCGUGUGACGACAGCUGUAUGAGCUGUGAUCAACACGAGUGCUACUGGUGUGAGACUGACCUCUUCUUAUCAGAGGGGAAGUGUGUUUCGGUGUGUCCCGACGGUUUCUAUGGCAAUGAAGAGUCCAACGACUGCGAGGAGUGUCACUUGGACUGUGCAACGUGUAGCGGCCCUGAGGACAGCGACUGUUUGUCGUGCGACGAGGGGAAGGAGCUGUACGAUGGGGAGUGUGUGUCUGAGGGUGGCGAUUGUCCUGUUAGGACCUUUCUCAGCGACGAUGGCGAGUGUGAAGACUGUCACUCAUCCUGUGAAUCCUGUUCUGGACCGGAGAAGAACCAGUGCACAAUCUGUGGAAAAGGGCGAUUUCUGACUGCGCAGCAAACAUGUGCGUCAAAGUGUCCAGCGGGCUUCUUCGCCAGUCGGUUGAGCGGUGUGUGUGAGGCCUGCCCUCAGGGCUGCUUGCAGUGUUCCAGUGCUCAGCGCUGCAGCCGCUGUCAGAGCUUUCCAAAAGCUCUGCUGUUCCUGCAAAAUGGGCGGUGUGUUCCAGAGUGUAUCAGGGGUUAUCCUUUAGGCCAGCUGUGUCACAGUUGUGCACCUGGCUGUGCCUCUUGUGAGAUGAAUGCCACUCACUGUCUGACCUGUGAAGAGCCUCUCCUCUUUCAUAACCAUCAGUGUGUGGAGGAGUGUCCUCCAGCAAACAUAGUCCAGGGUGGUGAGUGCCAUCCAGGGUGCUCGGCGACCUGUCGAGAGUGCAACCCUGCUGGACAGUGCACAGGUUGCGAGGAAUAUCACUUUCUCCAUGAGGGCCUGUGUGUUGCAAACUGUCCCGAGGGGUUUUUUGAGGACAACGAGGAAGGGGAGUGCGCACGUUGCCAUGCUGACUGCGCUUUAUGUGACGGCCCAAACGGCGAUGACUGCGACGCCUGCAUCGACCCUGAGGCCACGCUGCACAAUGGGGCCUGUCUGGCACCCUGCCCCUCCCAUACGUACAGGGACACCAUGACAGGAGAGUGUGAAGACUGUGAUGCAUCGUGUCUCACAUGCUUUGGACCCCACUUGGGCUCCUGCACCAGCUGCAGAGAGGGUCAGAGGCUGGACGGCCACAAUUACUGCCUUCCGUCAGCCUUCAAGUGCUCACCUCGGCAGUACGCGGCCCAGGACGGAGACUGCCGUCCUUGCCACAAAUUCUGCCACAGGUGUUCAGGGCCGGGCAAAGCCCACUGCCUGAGCUGCAACCAGGGACAUCUCCUGCUCAAUGGUACCUGUGUGGAUGAAUGCCCAACAGGCUACUAUCGGGAGGAGUCGGGGCAGAAAUGUGAACCCUGCCACGCGUCCUGUCAGACCUGUGUUGGGAAGCGCAGCCUCCAGUGUCUCACCUGCAAAUCCCACCUUUUCCGCGAGGCCAAAGAGUGCGUGGAGACCUGCCUGCACGGUCACUAUGGAAACGCUGCUUCCAGGAUGUGCGAGAAGUGCGACCCGAGCUGCGGCGAGUGCAUCGACGGCGGGGAGGACGGCUGCCUGAGCUGCUCUCCGGGCCUCGUCUACGUGCGGAAGGAGGGCCGCUGCCUCGACAUGUGUCCUCAGGGAUACCACCACGACUCCACCCACAGGACCUGCGAGCCCUGCCAUGCCAGCUGCAAAACCUGCUCAGGGAAAGUUUCCCAGUCCUGUGACUCGUGCUACCCAGGAUACCAGCUGUCACAUGGAAGGUGUGAGUCUAUGUGUGAUCCAGGCCAGUAUCCUCUUAUUAAGAGUUCAGACUACACUUGUGAAGACUGUGACAGCUCUUGUCUGGAGUGUCGGGGGUCCGGUCCAUCCAACUGCACCAUCUGUCCUGCUCAGGCCAUCUUGGAAGCUGGAGGGCGAUGUCUGCUGUGUUGCCGCCAUGAAGAGGAAGGAGAGAACAUUGACGCGCUGCAGCAGGAUUGUUGCAACUGCACUGAGACUCGAGGACAGUGCAUCCUCACCACUAACCUGCCAAUUAGAAAUGAGGAGGAGGAGGUGACGAGAGGAAACCUGACCAUCUUCAUCAUCGCGUCUAUCCUGCUGGUGUUGGGACUUGUGGCUGUUGUCUUUCUAAUAAGACACUCCCGGUCCAAAGGGACCCCCUCGGACCUCCCCCCUCGCGGCUACAAGAAGCUGGGCUCCAGCGGAGGCUUGGGGGGUGACAGUAUAUACAGGGGCUACAACUCAGCUUCCUCUGCGUCCUACAGCGGCGGCUCCAGCUCCUCAAAGGGCCGAUUCCACGAGGCUGAGCUGGUCGACAUCUCAGAGCGUCGCUCAGGUCAUAAAAUUGACAACGAUGACGACGAUGACGAUGAGGACAUUGUUUACAUGGGCCAGGAUGGCACGGUGUACAGGAAGUUCCGGUAUGGACAGCUGGGGGAGGACGAGGAUGAGUUGGAGUACGAUGAUGAGAGCUACAGGUUCAGAUGAGGCAUUUAAACAAAAUGAGGAAAUCUUUUUUUUUCCAUCUAGUUGUUUCUGUCUUCCUGUCUUGUCCUCAUCUGGGUUGUUUAUCUCCUCCUGCCCUGAGGGACAGUCUUCUCUUUCUUUCACUGAUUCGGUUUAAAUAAAUAGGACACGAGAAGCCACGUUUUACAACAGCUAUUCAUUCACAAAAUGAACUGUGGGGCAAAAAUAAAUCUACAUUUAAGAUGCCUAAAUGGAGCCAUAUAAUCCUUCUGACUUACUUUCUUGCAGUAGUAUAUAUGUUUAUUUAAUGUCAGAUGUUCAUAACACAAAUGGCUUUUUGUCCUAAAACUGAUUAUAUGAGGAGUUUAAAGUAUACAAAAUAGUAAACAGUCGUUUAGCAACAGCUGGUAAUAUUUUUUGUAGGUUUUUCACAUUUAAUAUUCUCUGUUCGGCGUAAACAAUUUCUGUCCAGUUAGUAUUGUGGUACAUUUUCCCAGCGGCCUCAACAGUGGAGUAGAUAUUGGAAAAAACAUUUUUUUCCCACAGCUCAAUUGUCUAAAAAUAAAACAAUAGGUUGCACAUUAAGCAGAUGUUACAUUUAAUUUUACACUCAUUCUGCUCCCAGUACAGGUCCAAAAUGAACAGAGACAUUCAGUUUUUUUAUUUAUUUUAUUUCCAUUUCCUAUUUUCCUUUUGUCUUUUUUGAGGGUGAAUCAUGUGAUGAGAACUGAGAGGAAGUCAGAUGUUGCAGAUAUCAGAGAGAAGAGUAUGGUGAUGUUGAUUGAUUUUUUUUCUCUGAAAUUAUUUCAGAUAUUUAGGGAUUCAAAACCAUACAAAGAAAUGUUGAAUCACAGCUCUCUUGUUCAUAGAAACAAAUCUGCACUUAGAGCUAUUUGGAUACAAAACACUGCCAAAUCAUUAAAUUUAGAAAAAAGACAAUUAAAACUGACUUAUCUGUAAAAGUUAUUUCCACCCCAACUUAGUAACCUUUAGAUUUUGUCUCUUAAAUAAUAGUAUCAUUAUAAUACCUUUAAAAAAUAAAAUGAAAAAACAACUGUAUGAAAGUGAAAAACACCAUUCACCAUUUAAAUUUGUUUACAGUUUGUCAGAACCUUUAUGUGAGCGUUGACAAUCACAUGAUGACGCCUCUUGGCAGCAUUUCUGGAUGUUUCCAACCAAAUAAAGUUAUACCACGUAGAUAUUAAACUAAAUUAAGAGCUGACAGCAUGAAGUACACAUCAACGAUUUGUUCAAAAGCUGAAUACAAGCAGAAAUUCUCUUAUAUGACAAAUUUAAAACUAGGAAUUAAUUUCUUACUUAAAGACUUGUACAUGAUCAGGCUUUAGCCUAAAUGUGGUAAUUUAUGUUUUCUUGUAGUUCUUUCUUUCCUGAACCACCUCCUCCUGUUUUUGUUGUGCUGGACUUUAAAAUCUUGUUGUUUUUGUUGUAUUUUGUUGAUUGAUUUUUGUCGUUGACUGUAUGGGUUUGUCAGUUACAUUUUAAUUUGAAAAUGUGUUGCUCUGUUUAAGAAAAUUUUAAAAAAUCAAUCUGAAAAACUGAAGUUGUGAUGAAAUAAACGGAUUCACGACGUAGUCA